AUGACGAGCCUUUUUAUGCUUAAACCAAUCAUAGUGAGUCUGAUUACGGAUGAUAUCUUCAAUACAACAAAAUCUUCUAUACCAAUUGCAUCGAGAUUGCCCUUUAACGUUGAAUACGGUGAAAAAUUCAAUCAAUAUAUAUAUCCGAUAGCAAUGCAUAAUUAUAUGGCCGUGUUUACUCGCUCGUUCGCCACAAUAGCGGUUGAUAGCUUAUACUAUGUUUUAAUUCAACAUGCUUGUGGAAUGUUCUCGAUUAUCGGAAAUGUACUUGAGAACAUUGGAAAAAAUAACGCGAACGAUUUCAAUGCGAAAUCGGAUAAGAUUAAAGACAACAAUUAUAGCAAAACUUUACACUGUUUGCGUAGACAUCUCGAUGUGAUAGAAUUUGCGGAAAAUAUCGAAUCAUUAUUUACAAAGAUAUUUCUGAUGAAUCUUAACUUAAAUAUGAUCUGUGGCAGUUUUUCUGGUAUACAAGUGUUAAUAAAUUUAGAGAAGAACGCAAGUGAUAUCUCCGUGCCCAUAAUUAUCUAUCUUGCACAAUUCAUCCAUUUGUUUCUUCAUUUCUGGAACGCACAAUUUUUACUUGACUACAGCGUUCUGCCAUAUAAGUCUAUCUGCAGAGCGAAUUGGUAUUAUACUUCGCAAAGAUGUCAAAAACUCCUUCUCUUGAUCAUGAACAGAACGACGUCACCAUGCAAAAUCACAGCCGGCAAAAUAGUGAUUCUAUCUAUUGAAAGCUUCGCUACGGUUCUAAAAACAUCUUUAUCUUAUCUCACUAUGUUUCGUUCUCUUCAGUGAUGAUUUGGCGCAUGAAUAAUUU